AUGGCGUCUCCUUCACAGUAUUCAUCAGACACAUGCGACGCGGAGAUGGAGGAGGAGGUUUACGCGACUCCGCCCGAGGGGUGGGCGGAGGAUGACGGUGAUCCCGACGAAUCUGGGCCCGAGAACGACAGUCCGGAGCUCAGGCGGGACCGCAAUGCGAAUGAUCAGCGUCUCAGAGGCCGGUUUGAACACAUAUUUGCCAAGUACUCCCGCGACUUCACCGAUGUUGGUGAUCAAAUCGACAUCGAAACUGGAGAAAUUGUCAUUGACAAUGGCCACCUUCGUAACAUGCUCCAUGAGGCCGAUCCUGGGCAGGGCAGUAGAUCGCUACAGCUACUUGAGCACGAAGACGACAGCGCCUCUGACGACGGAGAUGUUAGUGACGACGGCGAUGAUGAUGAAUUAGAGUCGGAUAGCAGCGACUCUGAUGUGGACGAACUCGCCAAUGGCUACGAUCAGGAUAUUGCUCAAGAUACUGAGUCAGGGCCUGAAGACGAGAGUGACCAUGAUUCAUCCGUCCUGGAAGCAUCCGUGAACGUGGAUCUCUCUAAUGUAGACCCCGAGUUGCGGAAGCUGAUCCAUGCAACGUCCAACACGGCUUUACCAAAGCCUCUAGCUACACCUGCUGAGCAAGACUGGCAUGUCCGGGACUCGCAGGAUCCAGAUCGUACGUUGUCUUCGAAUGUCAUAAGCCUGCCGGCGUUGCAAGAGAGCUUGCAGGAGCUGAGUCACGCUACUGGACUUGGCCGCGAUAUCGACUCGAACGCGAUAGAGAAACUUGGCAAAGACAUUGCCGACCAGCUCGCGAGAUAUGUCGGUCAGAAGAACAAGAACAGGACGAAACGUAAAUCGAAAGUGUCGCGAGGUGAUUCAUCCUGGGACUACCCUGAGCUGCCUGCCUUCAAGAGAAGACGUCUUGCAGAUCCUCAACCAAGACCGCAGCUAGUCCAGCUGUCGGACAUACUAUCGCCACCAAAAGGCCGGAGAGGACCACGAGAGUCCAUAUGGGCCCCGGUGCAUCAUCCAAAGCAGCCGGGGGUGCGCACACGUAGGAAAGACAAAGCUGUCAUCGGGAAUCGAACAGCAUUGUACACUGAUACUGCUGUCUCGGGCGAAGGACUGUCUGGAGCAGAAAAUACCCCUGACCAAACUGCAGCAAUACGCGAGUGCGCGCAUUGCCUCAUCAAGGUGACCACUGCCUGGCGCCUCGGUCCAGAUCGCGAGAAUUUAUGCAAUGCCUGCGGGAUGUACUGGUACCGCUAUGACCUAAUGAGGCCGCUACUACCACCCACACCUGACCCGUUGUCGGAAGAUGAAGCGGUGGAAGACGAUGUUGUUCGAGGUGACCCGUACCCAGCGAACACAUCUCGGACUGUCUCCUAUCCUGGGUUUCGAUCUGGCGCAUUCACGACAGAGGAAGAUGCACUUAUCAUUAAAUUGAAAGAGAUCGAUUGUCUACCAUGGGAGCGGAUAGGUCGAUUCUUUCCUGGACGGUCUCACUAUGGCGUGCAAUGUAGAUACUCCAAACGACUGAACAAUCAGUCGAGCGAAGGCCGCAGUGCACUGGUCGAGCAGGGCUUUACAUUCGAGGAGCCUCCGGAGGCUGACAUAUCCGACAUCUUCACAGAAGAACAGGGUGAUUUGCUUGUUCAAUUACGAGAAGACCACGAGUUCACCUGGGGCCGCAUUGCUGAGCACUUCCCGGGCAAGACGGACGAGUCUGUGGAGUUCCAUUACAAUACUCUCAUUGGCAUUGUCGCAUUGCCGGCGAAACCCAGAAAGCGGCGUGCGGCGUUGAAGGCACCGGGGAACCAUCAAAGACCAUACACGAAGGAAGAAGACGAGCUGAUUAUCAAGCUACGGGAAAUCGACAAACUACCCUGGGAGCUUUUGGCUCAGGAAUUUCCACAACGGACAUGGCUUGCCCUUCAGAAGCGCUAUGUCCGUACCCUUGCGCACCGGCAUCAGGCUAUGCGCGACGGCGAGGACGAUCCAUACACGUAUCUUUUCUUGGAAUGCCAUCCAGAGGAUGAAGUCCGACUAGGUCCUGCAGGCAGAAACAGUAUGGGAGGUCUUUUAAGGCAGCGCCGCGAGGAAGAUCUUGCUCUGAUGAGGAUGAAGGACGAGGAAGGAUUGACCUUCGAAGAGAUUGCCGAAGCAUUGCCCGGCCGGACUGUGGAGUCACUGAACAAUCGGUACGAACAUCUCACGGAGGUUAAAAAUAUGAUGAAUGUACCUGUCCCUACAUCAACACAAGACGAAGACCAUGAGAUAAAUAUUCACGAGGCCCUUGAGGAUGAUGAUCAAGCUGCGGAGGACAAUGUUUGCAUAAUCGACCCAGCCCUAACAGGAGGCACUGGCUCGGAGCGGACUUCAAGGACAGCUGAGCAGGACCCGGAUGCCCAUGGCGAGGUGAGCAAGAUCAACAGUGACACAGAACAUCCUACCAUCACUGGGUCUCCGAGCGGUAUGACAACUGCCGUCACACCUCCGAGCAGCCAUCAAGCCCGCUCGAUGGCAAUCAGAAAGUACACCAAAUCAGAACAUGCACGCAUUGCUGAGCUCCGGAACGUCAAUCUUGACUGGAAAACGAUCGCGGCAGAGCUACCUGACCGUACGCCUGCAUCAAUUGCCAGCUACUGGGCGCAAUAUUGCAAACACAAAGCCACCUGGUCUUCACCACUGUCUGGAAAGAAGAAGCGCGGAUCGAAGCAGUCUAGGGCUUUGCUGCGCCAAGCGAUGGAUAAUGGCAUGCGGCGUAUACCGAACGGUGGCAAAAGGGCUAUCGAGCUACCAAGCGUAGUAGUCGAUGGCCACCCUGGGCCGAUGAACCUCUUCACCAGCCUGCUACGCAAUGCACACGAGAAGGAGGACGGUCACAACGAGGUUGAUGAAGAAGUCGAUCUGGAUUUUGCCAACGUCAGCACUGAUCAAGUCAGAAGCUCGCCGAAGGAACCAGCACAAGACAAGGAAAUAUCGGACGAGGAGGUGGACUUUGAUUUCGCGAAGCUGGGUCAGGGUCCACUCGAUCGGAUUUCGGCAUCUACAACUCCUGUCAAAGACUCUAUGAUGUCGGCCAACGCUUUCCAAGCUCAAAUGGCUAGCUCACCAGACAUGAUCAGGAACUCCGGACUGGUGGACUACGGUGUUGGCACAUCGACCUUACUAUCUAGUCCUGUAAAGCCAUUGAGUCAUGCUUCUGAUGUGAGACCUUCCAUCAGUAGGGCCCUGCACAGCAACAUCGAGCCAGCAGCAGCAUUACUCCCGAUCAUCCAUGGCCUACCUACCCACACACCAGUGCAUGGAGAGCUGUCACGAAGACCGACACUUAGCGAGAUACCAGAGCUGCUGAACCCGCCUCCUUCCGCCGUCGAGGCGCAACAAACCACGGAAGAAUGGCGGCCAAGAGAUCCAACACGGUAUGUCAAGCAGCCGGGGCGCACAUUUCAUCUUUCAGCCACGACUCCUGCCCGUGCGUCCACCUCUCGUCCACCAGCCACGCCUGUGGAAGCAGCGACACCAUUCAAGACUCCGCUACCAGCUUCUUCACCUUUCAUGGCUGCCCCAGCGCCUGCUAUGUACAGCACACCAGCACGAUACAGUCAACAGAAGAUGCCGUACUUCAAUAUGCCUAGGUCUACUCUCAUGGCAGCAUCACCAGCACAGGUGGAAGAGCUUCUCGACAUGCCAGACGAUAUGGUGGAGGACGACAUGACUGUGGUCAGCUCGGAGGAUGAUUCGAAGCCUGUAAUUCGAACAGUAGCGCCUACCUCUUUUGCAUAUCCAAAUCUCACAGCUCGAAGCCUGUCGCCUCCGGGUGCGACCAUCAAGGAUCGACUUGUAAGCAUCCCGUCUACAGCUGGCAGGAGUGCUGAAGCCCCUCCAUUCUCCUGGACCGAUCUGAUCACGAUGGCACUUAAGUCGAGCCAGUCGCAGCACCUGGAAGUCCGAGAGAUGCAAGCGUAUCUCAAAGACAAAUUUCCAUACUUCAAGUCCCGCGGUGAAGGAUGGAAGCGCACAUUGCGGGCACAUCUUGCCACAAGUAGUGAGUUCCAAAAAAUGCCGGGUCGCAGGGACAUAUGGACGUUCCGUACGAAGGAAGCCGUUAUGACGCUGAAGGAUCGAACAAGCAAUUCUAAUGAGCCGCAGACCACAGUUAAUGUAGAGUUGACCGCUCCUGAGGGUGGUAUGGCUAGUGAGCCUGCGCUGUUGGCAGGAACUGCACACGACGCGGCAGAACAGCCAGGAACAGACAGGAGUACGAGCUCCUCGGCUGCAAUUGACCCUCGUCUUAUGGCAGCAGACGAUGACACUACAGCCACUGCUAGCAACACGCCAGAUAUUGCAACACCUGCCCUUGAGCACGAGUCCGCUCGGAUGCCGAACAGUCAACUGGCUGCAGUCACAGACACCUGGAUACCGGAUCUGCUCAUGGCGCAAAGGGAAAUCUCACUGAGACGCAAGCCUGGUCGCCCACCGAAGAAUGGCAUCAUUUCGCAGGCGGACCAACGUGCACUGGGGCCGAGACGGCCACCUGGACGUCCUCCAGGCGCCAGGAACAAGCCAAAGGGGCCUCAAGGCAUCACAGAGUAUGCGUUGCCGUCGAGCUUCUUAGAAAACAAUCAGGAAAUUGCAGCACCCCAGUAUGAGGUACCGUCUACAAGCGGAGACAUCCUCCAGCGUCAGUUGAUGGGUCCGAAGAUCACUCGACCCAAGUCACGGAAAGAUCCGAAGACGGUUGGCGACACUGCGCCGCCGAUCGAAGCUCAUGCGAGCAUCAUUUCUGAUGUGAACCGUGAGCCGGAGAGUUCUCCAGCGAGGGAUCAUGGCAUCGCCCAGGUCGCUGAAGCAGAGCGGGCUGUAGCGCAGCAACAGGACUCAUCUGCCGUACACGAGAAGGCGCCGAAUCAGACAAGCGUGAACAAUUCGGCGACCAGGUCUUCGAGUCCGUCGUUCAUGCAGCGAAUCGAGCGCACACCAGUGCUAGGCUACAGCAGAGCUGGUACGCCAGCGCAAGCGGACUCAGCAAUAGUAGAAAAUGCAAAGCAGAAGACUCUCGCUACAACGCAGUCCACUACGCCGGCAAAAAUAAAUACUAGAGCUGCAACAUCAGCGAAGUCAGUGCCAACGGCAUCGGAGAAAGCUGAACAACGGCCAUUAGCAGGCAAAAAGUCCGCUAGAACCCCACCAGCCAAGCCAGCGUCGUCAGUGGUGGAGAAGCUCAAGCAACGAGAUCUAGUCGUGGCGAGGCCCGUGACACCCGCGAUUUCAUUAUCAACAGCAUCAGAGAAACCCAAGCCACGGCCAUCAGCAGGCAGAAGAUCCGGUACCCCGGCAAAGGCAGCAUCGUCAGUAGUGGAGAAGCUUAAGCAACGGAGUCUAGUCGGGGAAAGAUCCGCAACACCGGCCCUGGCAGGAGGGCGAGGGUUGAGAUCAGAGAGCGUGAAGGUGAAGGCUGAUAGUAGUGCGCGGCAGAGUAUGCAGAAAGUUGGUGGUUUGGAUGGUUCGGAGGACGAGUUGGCUUGA